AUGGAGGAAAUCCAAAGAUCUUUACAGCUAGAAAGAUUUCAACAACCCGACUUCCUAUAUCCACUUAUUUUUCAGGAGUAUCUUUAUGCAUUUGUUCAUGAUCGUGGUUUUGGUAGAUCGGUUUUGUCGGAAAAUCCAGGUUUUGACAAAAAAUCUAGUUUACUGAUUGUGAAACGAUUAAUUACUCGAAUGUAUCAACAGAAUCAUUUUCUUUUUUCUCCUAAUGAUUCUAACCAAAAUACGUUUUGGGUGUGCAACAAAAAUUUGUAUUCUCAAAUCAUAUCAGAGGGGUUUGCUUUUAUUGUGGAAAUUCCAUUUUCUCUACGAUUAAUAUCUUGUCUAGAAGGGAAAAAGAAAAAGAUAGUCAAAUCCCAGAAUUUACGAUCAAUUCAUUCAAUAUUUCCCUUUUUAGAGGACAAUUUUGCACAUUUACAUUUAUAUUGGAAUAGUUUGAUUCUUCCAAUGCCUUCAAAGAAAGCCAGCUCCUCUUUUUCAAAAAGGAAUCAAAGAUUAGUCUUAUUCUUAUAUAAUUCUCAUGUAUGUGAAUACGAAUCCAUUUUUCUCUUUCUAUAUAACCAAUUUUCUCAUUUACGAUCAAGACCCCUUGGAGUUUUUCUUGAACGAAUCUACUUCUAUGGAAAAAUCGAACGUCUUGUGAAUGUCUUUGGAAGGGUUAAGGAUUUUCAGGUGAACCUAUGGUUGGUCAAGGAACCUUGCAUUCAUUAUAUUAGGUAUCAAAGAAAAUCCAUUCUGGCUUCAAAAGGGACGUCUCUUUUCAUGAAUAAAUGGAAAUGUUACCUUAUCACUUUUUGGCAAUGGCAUUUUUCGUUGUGGUUUGAUCCAAGAAGGGUUUAUAUAAACCAAUUCUCCAAUCAUUCCUUUGAAAUUUUGGGCUAUCUUUCAAGCUUGCGAAUGAAUUCUUCAGUGGUACGGAGUCAAAUUCUAGACAAUUCAUUUCUAAUUCAAAAUGCUAUUCCGAAGGUUGAUACCCUUGUUCCAAUUAUUCCUCUGAUUGCGUCAUUGGCUAAAGCGAAAUUUUGUAACGUAUUAGGGCAUCCCAUUAGUAAGCCGCCGAUCAGAAAUCCAAAUUUGGAUUUCCCAGAUCUCCCGGAUUUCCACUAUUCUGAAAUGUUCAUG